AUGGAUAUUCACCGGUGCCGAUUCGUCCGUUAUCCUGCAUCAGCAAUUAAUGCGGUCGCUUUUACGCACUCGGCGCUUCCCGUGGUCUCGUCGAGCAAGAAGUACCUCCAAAAGAAUAUCCAGGUGCGCUUGGCUAUCGGUCGAGCCAAUGGGGACAUUGAGAUCUGGAACCCGUUGAACGGCGGGUGGUAUCAGGAAGUUAUCAUUCCUGGCGGCAAGGAUCGCAGCGUCGAUGGCUUAGUUUGGGUCACAGAUCCCGACGAGGAGAUGGCUGAUGGCAAGAUCAUUCACGGCAAGUCGCGGCUUUUCAGCAUUGGCUAUACCACAACGAUCACAGAAUGGGAUUUGGAGAAGGCGCGAGCGAAGAAGCAUGCUAGCGGUCAGCAUGGUGAAAUUUGGUGCUUUGGUGUUCAACCUCUUCCACACAAGGCCAACGCCGCGGCUGCCCAGAAUCGCAAGCUAGUCGCGGGAACCGUCGACGGCAACCUGGUACUCUACUCCAUCGAGGACGGCGACCUCAAGUUUCAGAAGACGCUCACCAGGACCCCAUCAAAGAAGACGAAGUUCGUCAGUAUUGCCUUCCAGUCCCACAAUAUUGUCAUCGUUGGCUGCUCAAACAGCACCAUCUGCGCUUAUGACGUCCGAACCGGCACAAUGUUGCGGCAAAUGACACUUGGAACCGAUCUCACGGGUGGUUCUAAGAAUAUCAUCGUGUGGGCUGUUAAGUGCUUGCCAAACGGCGACAUUGUGUCAGGCGAUUCAACUGGCCAGGUGUGCAUUUGGGAUGGCAAAACGUAUACUCAGGCGCAGCGAAUCCAGAGUCACACACAGGAUGUUUUAUGCUUGUCAGUCAGCGCGGAUGGCUCCAAGAUUAUUUCGGGAGGAAUGGACCGUCGGACGGCGGUUUAUGAACCCAUGGCCGGGCAGAGCGGUCGCUGGUCAAAGGUUUUCCACCGGAGAUACCACCAGCACGAUGUCAAAGCGAUGGCAUCCUUCGAGGGCAAGGGGAUGAGUGUCGUGGUUUCUGGAGGUUCCGAUGCAAGUCCUAUUGUCCUCCCCCUUCGUGCGCUAGGGAAAGAGUUUCACAGAACCCUUCCCCAUCUCCCGCAACAUCCUACCGUGUUGAGUGCACCAAAAGCGCGCUAUAUUCUGAGCUGGUGGGAAAACGAAAUUCGAAUCUGGCAUCUACUCAACUCAGCACAACAAUUCCUCGAUGACCCUCAAGCUCCCUUGAACUUGCGCAAAAAUCGCAAAUUCCUUGCACAAGUCCUUAUUAAGGGGGCUUCUCACAUAACUUCAGCCUCCAUCAGUGAAGACGGAACCCUCCUAGCUGCUUCAACCCCCACAGAUGUCAAGGUUUUCCACCUUGACCCAGCCGCAGCCCAAAGAAAUGGCCAACUUUACAUUAAGAAGGUGAAUAUGACAGGAACAGGACUGGGCGCAACAAGAGUCCAAAUCUCUCCGGAUAAGAGAUGGAUAUGCUGGGCAGAGGAAGGCAGCAAGGUCAUGAUCUCCAGGGUGCAUGCCACUGAAUCCGCCGACGGUAUUUCCUAUACCGUUUCUGUCCCUCACAAGUUGCACCGACUCCGGCGGCAAAUACCUAAACACAUUCUCCUUGGCGGACUCGGUUCUUACGACCGGAAUGUUAGCCAAAUCGCCUUUUCUGCUGACAGCAGGAUGCUCAGCGUCGCCGACUUGGCGGGCUACAUCGAUACUUGGGUAUUACGUGGCCCAGGGGAGGGGGUGAACGGCACAGGUGGCGAAGACAGCGAUGGUGAGUCCGCUGCAUCAUCAAGCGAUUCGUCAGACGAGAAGUCAGAAGAUAUCGCUGGUGAGCGAUGGGCACGCAAUCCCAAAGCAGCCAUGAUUCCAAAGCUUUCUGCUGCCCCUGUGGUGCUGUCAUUCUCUCCAACUCCGCGUGACGACGGCGACUAUGACUUACUCGUCGUUACGACAUUGAAGCAGCUCUUAAUAUUCAACCCUCUACGUGGCAUGCUUUCUGAGUGGUCACGCCGCAACACCUACCCGAAGCUUCCCGAGCCUUUCCGGGACACCCGCGACCAAGUCAAGGGCAUUGUUUGGCAAGGGCAGAGAGCAUGGUUCUAUGGAGUUGCUUCGCUGUUUAUGUUUGAUCUUUCUCAAGACUUUUCCCCAGAAAAGGACCUGGUUGAAACGAACGGGCACAAGCAGGGAACCAAGCGGAAGCGUGGGGCCCAUGAAUCUGGUGCUGGAAGCAAAAUCGAGAAGCAUUCUCUUGUCCCGCAAAGAAUUAGAGCUGCCUCUGCGCCCGACGGCACCAAGUGGGAGGACAUUGAGAUGGUUGAUGCAGACGACCAAAAGAGUGUUGGCGUAAGCAGCGGGGUUGAUGAUGACGACGACGAGACCGACGGCAGUGAGCUGCAGCGUCUCCGGGAGGAGAAUCGGGAAGCGAACUCGUCGGCUAAUGCAGAGAAAGAGGGUCCGUCGAGGGCGAAAUGGUGGCAUACGUACCAGUUCCGUCCCAUUAUGGGCAUUGUUCCUAUCGAGGGGAUGAUGGAGAAGAAGUUGGGUGCUGUUGAAGGGAUUCCGCCACUUGAAGUCGCCUUGAUCGAGCGGCCACUUUCUGAGGAUGACUUGCCCGAGAGGUAUUUCGCCGAGGGCGAGUGGGAAAGGUAG